AUGGAACGAUCUUUCUUGAAUCAUCUGACAGAUGAACUGCUUAUUGAAAUAUUUAUUAGAUUACCAAGCAGCAAAGAAGCAAUUCAAUGCAAAUCCGUUUGUAAUCGCUGGUUAUCCCUAAUCUCAUCUGAUUACUUCCUUAAUACCUCUCUAAUUCAUAAUCGCAAUUACGACAAAAAAACACUCCGUCCCUUUACUUUUCUUUCAAUUAAUUGGAAUUUUUUUGAUUUUCUUAUAACUGAAAAGGGUUUAGAUGUAUUUGAGUGUAGCCUUGGAAAGGAUUUAUCAAAACGGGUCAAUUUAGGGUUUCUAUAUUCGGGUCGGCCUAGUAAGUAUCAUAUUAGUUUGGAAGAAUCAUAUGGUGACUUAAUUUUAUGUUCUAGAAAUUCAUCUGAUAUUAUUGAUUAUUAUAUUGUUAAUGUUUUGACUAAGCAAUGGAUUGGGCUUCCUCCGACUCCUUUAGAAAACAACUCACAUUAUAGAGAAGAUGAAAGUGUUGGUUUCUUGAUUGAGCCUAAUUGUGUGGAUAAUGCUGCUCGAUACGAGUAUUUGGUGUUGAGGUUUAUGCCUUGGGGUGAUUCUAAGUUUAGUAUUCAGAUGUUUUCGUCUGAGAAAGGAAAGUGGACCAGAUUGGUUGUUACAUCUCCAAGGAAUUUGAAUAUUUUAACUCGUAGGACUUCGAUUGUUGCCUGUGGAAGGAUAUUAUAUACAGUCACUUAUAAGAGAAGUGAUGUGGUUGACUGUGUUCUUGCAUUUGCUCCCUUCACUAAUGAUCCUGCUCAGUUUCUAUGUGUUAUAGAUUUCCCAGUUGAGGCUCGUGAUAUUCGUUGUUUGGCUUGUAAAUUGGGGGCGUGUGGAGGUCGUCUACGGUUUGCUCAACUAAUUCUCCAACCAAGUGGAUACCUCUGUAUAAGUAUAUGGGAACUUGGGGAUGAUCACAGAAUGGGGAAAUGGACAUUGGUGCACCAGAGAAUCCCAACGGACAAAGCGUUUAGAAUCCCUAAACGUGCCACACAAUGGGUUUCUGUAUUAGGUUUUCACCCAUAUAAUGAGGAUCUUAUAUGCUUUCUUGUAGGUAAUGAUCAUGUUGUCGUGUACAAUAUACAAACAGAUAAAGUGGAAAGCUCUACCCUCGUUUCUCUAUUUAAGGUGAUAUCGCCAAGAUCACUAGAACCAGAUGUUGAGUUACAUCAUGUGGUACCAAUUACCCUCAAUUGGUGGCCAACACCAGUAAGACAAUCCCUUUGGACUCAGAGCUAUGAUUAG